CUCAAGUUAAAUGGAUAGAUGCUGCUUCCUUUGUUACUUACACCUCAUUAUUUGGAAAGCAAGAAGCGGUUAAAAACAGUGAAUGGAGGUAAUUAUGAAUAAAAGAAGAAAUGAACGGUCGUUAAUCUUAACAAGCAAGCUAACGGAAAAAAAUGCUGCUAUAUACAUAUAUAUAGGGGCCUCAUAAGAGAAGCAGCCAGGAGAGCAUCGUGGGAGAUUUCACAUCAGACAGGGAGCUUACUUUUAAUUUUUUCCAUGGAGAAAAGGAUUUGGAACAUCAAGGAAGAGGACUGUGAAUGGGAGUCCAGCCAACCUAUCCUUGAGAACCGUUCCAUUAAAGUGGAAGAUUGUAAGCAGAGAGUUCUAGGCAUUAAAGGAGAAGAAUCUGAGUGGGAGUCGUUCAGCAUUAAUGUGAAGAAAAAUGAAAUUCUAAAUGGUGUCAUGGAAGAAGAUCCUAAAUUGGAGCAUGCUUCUCAAUAUGUGUGCUCCAAAGGGCAAGAGGAAGUCAAACUUAGAGCCUAUAUGGUUAGUUGUAAUUCUGUUCAUGGGAAGAUAGAUUCACUGGAGUCUGGCAUAAAGAGGAACAAAAAACCAUCAUCUCUCAGUCCUUCAAGUAAAGAUUCUCACAAGGAUGUCGGCUCUUCUGCAUCCUCAUUUAAUCCUGUACCACACAAGUGGAAAAUGCAAUGUAUUCGGCAAGAUGAACCCCAGAAACACCCUAGUGGAGCAAAAGAGCAUUGUUGUGCUGAAUGUGGCAAGACGUUCCCAUACCGAACGCAUCUACUGGACCACUUACGAAUCCAUACUGGAGAGAAACCACACUGCUGUGCUCAUUGCAAUAAGCAAUUCAGGCAAAGAAACAAUCUCCGAAAACACUUGAGAAUUCACACGGGGGAGAAACCCUAUCUGUGUGUAGAAUGUGGUAGGCGAUUUACCCAAUUGCAUCACCUUCAAGAUCACCAGAAACUUCACACAGGAGAGAAGCCAUAUUGCUGCAGUGAAUGUGACAGGCAGUUCACGCGUGUCUCCGAGCUCCAGCGGCACUGGAGAAUUCACACUGGGGAAAAGCCGUAUGGCUGUGACGAAUGUGGUAAACAGUUCAGACAAGGAGACCACCUGCAGAAACAUAAGAAGAUCCACACAGGAGAAAAACCCCAUGUGUGUACUGAGUGUGGGAAGCAAUUCAAUCAAAGUAGUAACCUGCAGAAACAUAAGAGAAUUCACACAGGGGAGAAGCCUUAUCAGUGUGCAGACUGUGGCAAGCACUUCAGCCAAAAAAAUAACCUUUGUAGCCACAGGAUCAUUCAUAUUGGAGAGAAGCCAUAUUGCUGCACUGACUGUGACAAACGCUUCAUGCGCCCACAUGAACUUCGGCAGCACAGGAGGGUUCAUACUGGAGAGAAGCCCUACUGCUGUGCUGAGUGUGGUCAGCGGUUCAUGCGCCUGUAUGAACUUCAGCGGCACAAGAAGAUGCACACUGACGUGUCCUGCCCUUUAGUAAAAGCGGUCUAUCUGAAUGAUUACAGCAGCCUGGUGGUGCUCAGUCUAGUAGUAAUGAAGUGCUUUGAGAGGCUGGACAUGGAGCAGAUUAUUCCAGAUAGUUAUGAUGACUUCCACUUUACAUAUCAUGAUAUGUACAAAAUGGAGGAUGUGUACCUGGCUGUGCGGGACUCCCUAGGCAAGGAGUGUAAAGGUGAAGAAGGGCUCUCAAUAGAGAGGAGAAAUGAUGACGAAUGGGACAAGGGCAACCGACUCAUCUAUCCCAAGGGAAAAAGAAGUAUGGACAUAAAAGAAGAAGACGACAGUGAAUGGGAAUCUGUCUGUUAUCAGUUAGAGAGUCAGAGCGUUAAGGUGGAGGAUUGUGAGUGGGAGGAUGUAGGCAUUCAAAAUGACAGCACGAAUAUACAGCAGUGUGAAACUUUAAAGAGCAUCAAGAAAGAAGACCUCGGAUUAGAGUUUGUAACUGGGGUAGGCCUCCCUCCGAAGCGGCACUGCUCCCUAAAGGAUCAUUCUGUUCACGUGAAGCCCGAACCAUUAGAGUCUGAUGCAAGCCAGCCUGAGAAGGCAUCUUGUCUAAGUCAGGGAGGAGAAGAUUUACAAGAGAACAAUAGCAUCUCCUCAUCUUCAUUUGAUCUGACCUCUCUUAGGAGUGGACCACUACAAAUGCUGCUUGAUAAAAAUAUGAAGAAAUUGACAUCAGGAGCAGAGAUUUUGUUACCAUCCCCUCUACAGUAUACUCCUUUCAUUGUAAAUGAUUCCAGCAGCACUUACCAACAGGUGCAAAAUAAGAAUUCAGAGGCUUUAUAUCAGAGUCAAGGAUGGAAGAGAAGUUUUAAACACAAAGAUAAUCAGUGUAGGCAUGCAAAACAGAAGCAGUUUUGCUGUACUGAAUGUGGCAAGCGAUUCUCUACAAGUUGCAAUCUUCGGACUCACACAAGAAUUCACACUGGAGAGAAGCCCUACAGCUGUUCCAUUUGUGGCAAACGUUUUUCACAAAUAAGUAAUGUUCAGAGACAUAAGAGAAUUCACACUGGAGAGAAGCCAUAUGCUUGUGCUGACUGUGGCAAGCGGUUCUCCCACAGUAGCAAUCUCCAAGACCACACAAGAAUUCACACGGGAGAGAAACCAUAUUGUUGUUCUGAAUGCGGCAAACAAUUCUUACGAAUAAGUCAUUUUCAAAGACAUACGAGAAUUCACACAGGAGAGAAGCCAUACAGCUGUUCUGACUGUGGCAAACAAUUCCCUGCAAGUAAUAGCCUUGAGAAACACAUAAGAAUUCACACUGGAGAGAAGCCUCAUUGCUGUUCUGACUGUGGCAAGCGAUUCUCCACUGGUAGCAGUCUUCAGAGACAUAUAAGAAUACACACUGGGGAGAAAAUUGACCCUCAAGAGAAACCAUUUUCCUGUUCUGACUGUGGCAAACGGUUCUCCACCAAUAGCAUUCUUAAGACUCACACAAGAAUUCAUACAGGAGAAAGGCCAUAUUUCUGUUCAGAAUGUGGCAAACGAUUCUAUGACAGUAGCAGUCUUCAAAUCCACACAAGAACUCACACUGGUGUGAAGCCAUAUUGCUGUUUUGAAUGUGGGAAACGAUUCUCCACCAAUAGUCAUCUACACAUCCACAUAAGAAUUCACACUGGAGAGAAGCCGUAUUGCUGCGCUGAGUGUGGCAAACGAUUCAUGCUAAUGAGCAGUCUUCAAAAACACACACGAAUUCAUACUGGGGAGAAGCCAUAUGGUUGUUCUGAAUGUGGCAAACGAUUCUCAGACAGUAGCAGUUUUCAUAGACACAGAAGAAUUCAUACUGGAGAGAAAAAGAAAAAGUGAAGACUAUGCAGAAAAGUAGCAUUAGUUAAAGCCUACAGGGUAGUACUUACAUUCUCCAACCUCUUACAAAUUUGAAGGUUUAGUUUCCUCUGUGACCAGAAAAAAAUCACUUGUCAGUCCUGAGAUUCAAAUUAUAAAGUGUGAGUGUAUAUAAUCGAUAGUCAAUAUGUGUUGAUCUUAUAAGUCACAUUAGUUACAGGUGUCUCCCGUCACAUGGAAGUGAAAUAUUGAAAAAUAAUUGUGAAAUGAACUGUGAGGUGAUUAAGAAGUGCAAUAGGAAGAAUCCAAAUGCUUAAGAAAUAUCCAAGCUGUCAGGAAAGAGCUGGGAUUCAAUAAUCACAGAAGCACAAGUACAGCUCUUAAAAGGAUGAACAGAUGCAACAACGUCAUUUAUUUCUAUGGAAAAUCUUUACACAAUGGAUGCAGCUCAAAGUGCUUUACAAGAUGUCAUAGAAAGAUGUAAUGUAACAGCCUCACAUAAAAGGGAGCAGACUCCACCAAUGGAGGAUGAGAAGCUGCAGAAAAGCAAGCGGCCACAGGAAGACAAAUAUUCAGGCAAGAGAAGGCUUGAAACUUAGCAUUUCACUGGCCCAUUCUCUACAAUGAGCAGAGACCUAAUAUUUUUAAAGUAAAGGGUGUAAAUUCGGUGAGUCAGCUUUAUUAUUGCACAUUAAAAAUAUCCCUAUAGUACAGUAUGGAUGUAGAAAAAUACAAGUUUACCUGAUUGGUACAGAAAAAAAAAAAUAUUUAAAAAUUAUUUUCUUAAGAAGUUAAAUGCAUUAGAUAAAAAGACUAUUAUUUCGUUCAAAGCCUGUUUGAUUCUCUUUAUUCUAAUUGAGAGGCAUUCCUGUUCUUCAAUAUUCUUUUUGUAUAUCUCUUUUAAUCUGCUUUUGUUUAAUAAAGUGCAACAUAGCUACGUCAUAGCAUAUUUUAAAGUUGAAACA